GACUACGGCGACGCUGACUAAGUAGAUAGAUAGAUGAAUGAAUGAAUGGCUGGAUGGAUGGUUUAGUAGAACUUAAAUUUAAAAACGCUUAUCAGUUGUAUUUUUGCAGUGCGAUCGUGCGGUUGGAUCUUCUCCUGGGAAAUUAAAAAAGAAAAGUGAAAAAGAUAAAUAAAUAAAGUGAAAAAUAAAAUUAAAGUUGUAUCUCGUUAACUGCAGUUCGUUCGUUUAUUAUAAUUCAAGCACUUAAAUUAGAAUCAACAGCAGCUACAAUAACAAAAACAACAACAACAACAGCAACAAAAGAAUCAAAUAAAAUAAAAUAAUUUUUCAUAAUCAAGUGUCAUUUAACUUGUGUAAUUUAAACGCAUUAAAUUUGAAUUUAUAAAUAAAUAAAAAAAACGAAUUAAAAAUAGCAACACAAAACGAAAAUCAUUAAAUGCAAUUGUGAAUAAAGCAUAGAUUUCAAAGAAUUCUAAAUAUUAAAAAAUAAAAAGCCAUUUCACCUCAUACAACACUCUACAGAAAGAGCCAUCAAUUUCGCUUAAUUUAAUAAGAAAAAACACAUCGAUGGAUUAAUUGAUAAAGCUGUAAAGGAUCAAAAAAAGCCAAUUAAAGGAUUUUUUAUAUAUAGAUUUACACCCACUUGUUUGAAUGUAAACUACAGAUAUAUUUUUAACAAUGCCGUAUAUGUUUACAACGAAAACAGCACCAAAAACAACGACAACAAUAAGGAAAAGAACAGCAGCUGCAUCAGCAUCACUUACAUCAUCACCAUGGCUCCAAAAUACAAUAAUAGUAUUUCUCUUGUACUCCAUUGUGUUGAUGAAUACAACAGCGCAUGCAGUGCCCGCUGCCACCAAUUCACUUUUAUUAAAUUCUCAAGUUAAUAACAAUAAUCCAUUGAGUAGCAAUAGCAACAGCAACAGCAAUAAUAACAACAAUAAUAAUAACAACAACAACAAUAAUAACAAUGAUAAUUCAAACAUCAAUAUUAAUCUUAAUAAUGCCAACAGUUUAAAUGCAAAUGCCCAACUAAAUACGGGUCUUACAUCUUCGCACACAAAUCUAAUUAGUUCAAAUACUCAAACGACCAACAGCAACAACAAUAUCAAUAACAACAACAAUGGCGGCAGCGGCAUUAACAUCAACAACAUCAAUGCAAAUAAUCCUGCCAGUAACAGCAAUCUUAAUCUCAAUAGCAACAACAACAACAACAACAUGCUUAACAGCAACAAUAAUAACAUCAACAACAACAACAUGAAUCUAACAGCCAACAAUAUAAAUAAUAACAUGGCUGUCGGCGUUGGCUCUAACGGUGAUUUGUUGGCCAUCAUGAAUGCAACAAAUAUGGCAGUGGGUGGGGCUAUGGGUGGCUCUUCGGGUUCUGGCAGUAGUUUGGGCAAUAUUGUGGCACUGCCCAAAGAAAAGCUGUACGACAAAUGUGCCGGUCCAGCGGAUCCGGGUCCCUGCAAACAGUUCACUUACAAGUGGCGCUAUGAAUCCACCACCAACGAAUGCACCUCCUUUAUAUGGGGUGGCUGUGAGGGCAACGCUCAGAAUCGUUUCAACAGUGAAGCAGAGUGUUUAUUUUAUUGCAUUGGUGCGCCACACACCCUACCACCCUUUCUACAAACAACCACACGCGAACCUAGUACAACAGAAUCAGCACUGCCACAAUCACCCUACACCUUUUCACCAGCAUAUGGUGAUUCGGAAACAAGUCCUGUGCCAUUCGAACAGCGAGGUCCUGAACUGACAUUUGCCGAAACGGGUCAAGAGAAAACAUUUGUGUUUGCCGAGAAUAAUACCUUCAUACAAAUCGAUGGUGAUAUCAUACAAACAUUUCAAUUAAGAUUAUGUCGUGAAAUAUCAUUUCAAUUUCGCACCCGUCUGCCGCACGGUCUUCUCGUCUAUCACAAUGUUAAGAAUCCCGAUCGCAUCAAUUUAAAUCCAUAUGCCCUGUAUGUCAUCGUUGAAAAGGGUCAAUUGAAAGUGGUUCAUGUGUUUGGUAAACAUUCGACGAGUGUCACGGUUGGUGAAGGUUUGAAUCGUGAUGAAUGGCACAAUGUUACCGUACGCAUUGAUGUCCAUGGUGCCAGAUUAAUUGCAAUAGUUGACGAACAUCAAGAGGAGGUUUAUCUUAAGGGCCUGAAUCAUGAUACCAACUAUGGUGUAUCAACAAAUUUACCAUCUGUAGUGCUGGUGGGAGGACUUUCAUCGGAGGAAAAACUGCAUGGUGUUAAAUACAUAAUUGAAUCAUUUGUUGGCUGUAUACGCAACGUUAUAUUGUAUUCGGGUAAAGCUGCCUCCGAUUUGUUGCCCAUUACCCCACUGGUUGCCACCAAACAUGAAAACGUUAAUGAGGGCUGCUCUGAUAAAUGUCAUUCCCGGCACAAUUUGUGUUUCGUGGGCUCCAAAUGCAUAAAUCAUUAUUAUGACAUCUCGUGCGAUUGUUUUGGUUCACACUAUGAGGGCGAGCAUUGUGAUGUUUACACUGCAACAAUUAUGACACUACGUGGUGCCAGCUACGUUUCAUAUCGCAUCUAUGAUUGGAAAGAUCGUGUUCAUUCAUCAACGACACGCAUCAGCUUGAUGUUUCGCACGCAAUUCGAUGAUUCGGCCCUUUUCUAUGCCAGCGGUGAGUCGCUGAAGCAUCAGUAUAUUGCGGCCUCCAUUAAAAAUCAAUCGAUUUAUGUUGAAAUGGAUUUCGGUGACCAUGUCAUGUCCACCGUUCUCACCGAUGAGCUGACACGCAGUUAUUGGCACAAUUUAACCAUUUAUCAUGAACAGCGCACUGUUCGCAUCAUACUGGACACACAAAUGAAAAUACUUGAAAUACCAUCAACAUCAAGUGGAUAUUUGCUGUUUGAUCCGGAAAUCUAUUUUGGCGGUGGCCCAGAUUUGCAUAAAAAGAAGGGUCUGGCAUCGCAUAAUAAUUUUGUGGGCUCCCUCAAAUAUGUCUACUACAAUGAUAUUUCCAUUUUGUAUGAAUUACAUCGUGGCAAUCCAAAAGUUCACUAUCAUGGUGUUCUUGAGGCAGAAUUUCAUGAAAACGAAGUGAAUGUCAUACCAAUAACGUAUCCUUUUGCAACAUCACACAUUUGGUGGCCCAUAAAUCACGCCGAGGAAUUUAAUAUUAAGUUCGAUUUCCGCAGUAGUCGCACAUCAGCCAUAUUGGCAUACAGUGAUGUGACAACACAAGCCGGAAAUGGUUAUUGGGAGAUACGUUUAUCUGCAGAUAAAUUAAGUUUCGACUUGGUGCCCGACUUCCUAAGUAACGUCACCCUCUCCACGGUGGUCAAGAUAAAUCGUGCCACCUCCUGGCAUGCCGUUGAAUUGGACUACAAAGAGGGCGAAAUUAAAUUUAGCGUAGAUUAUCAGCAUCAUCGCAGCCAAAUGUACGGUUUAACUUUCAACAUCGGCGACAAAUUGAUUAUUGGCAGCAGUCUAAAGUCAGCCGCAUCUGGUCUGGUCGGCUGCAUACGAGACAUUGAAAUCAAUGGCCACCUCAUCGAACCCCGUCAUGUCGUCAAAACGGAACGUGUGGUGGGCGAAGUGGCGCUGGACAACUGCCAGUACAUAGAUCCCUGCAAACGGCCCAAUACCUGUGAGCAUGGUGGUAAAUGUUUCGUGAAAGAUGACCGUGUCACCUGUGAUUGCAAGCACACCGGUUACAUUGGCAAAAAUUGCCAUUUCACCAAGUAUCGCAAGACCUGCGAAGAGUUGGCUCUGCUGGGCUACACCAAGUCAGAUGUCUAUCUCAUCGAUAUCGAUGGCAAUGGUGUAUUUCCGCCUGCCCAUGUUAAGUGUGAUUUUCAAAGUUUGGAGAAUGCCACCAAAACCAUAGUGGAACACAAUCUGCCCAGCCAAGUGGAUGUGCGUUCGGCACAGGGUUCAGAUUUCAGUUUCAACAUACGCUAUCGUGAAUUUUCACCGGAAAUGUUGCAGGAAUUAAUAUCGCAUUCGUUGUAUUGUACGCAGUACAUUAAGUAUGAUUGCUACAAGGCUCAAUUGGAGUUGCAUUCGGCCACCUGGUUUACAUCGUCAGCGAAAAACCAUACGGUCGACUUUUUGGGCAAAGUUAAGAGAGGUGCUUGCCCGUGCUCUGUUAACAAAACAUGUGUGGAUCCUAAUCAAUCAUGCAAUUGUGAUGUUAAGGAAAGCAAAUGGUAUUCGGAUGAAGGAUAUUAUUCUGAACCACUCAGUUUGGGCAUAACAAAUAUGUAUUUUCUGCAACAGAAGGAUUUGGAUGAGGAGGCUCAGGGUAGAAUUACAUUGGGUCCACUCGAAUGUGUAGAGACCAAUACUCAACGUUAUGUAGUGACCUUUACAACCUCUCAAUCGUAUAUUGAAGUGCCUGGCUGGCGCAAGGGUGAUAUUGCAUUCUCUUUUCGUACGACGGGUGAAAAGGCCAUUUUGUUGUUCCAGCCACCCAUACGGCCGUAUUAUCCCUCGUUUAUGGUGGCCUUAACCGGUGACUAUCAAUUGACAUUCAAUUUUACAUUGAGCACGGGUACCGCUCGAGAAUUGGUAAUUAACUCGCAUCGCAAGUUAAAUGGUGGUGAAUGGCAUAAAAUAUGGAUUGACUACAAUGAGUAUCAUGUACGCUUUAUGAUAAAUACCGAUUAUCAAACGGUUGAUCUUUUGCCAGAGGAAGAGUUUGGACCAUUCGAGGGCAGCAUGUAUAUUGGUGGUGCAACAGCCGAACUCUUAAAGAAAUUAUCGGUAAAAGCUGGUUUAAUUGGUUGUUUCCGUGGCCUGGUGGUAAACGGUGAAAUACUCGAUAUCUACAGUUACAUGUCCGUACAUUUAUCAGAAAUUAUUAAGGACUGUAAGCCAUCCUGUGUACCGAAUCCCUGUAAAAAUGGUGCCGAAUGUAAGGAGCUGUGGAGUACAUUCAAGUGUGUGUGCAAUAAUGCUUGGGCGCAUAUUGGUGAAUUCUGUGAAACUAAUAUUAAUGAAAAGGCUCUUACUUUCAUUAAUCGCGAAUCAUUUCUGAUGCGUAAUUACUUGAGUGCCACUGCACAGCCCACCGCUUUAAUGGGCUUUGUUGAGGAUGAACGCGAAACGCUAAAGGGCAUACUGCUCUACGAUAUACUCAUUAAUCUGCGAACAUACGAUACAAACUCCUUGGUCCUGUACGCCAAUGAUCAUUACAAUAAUUUUGUACAUUUGUACAUAAAUGAUGGACGCGAAAUUGUCUUUUUAUAUAAUUAUGGCGAUGAAAUUGUCAAUCUGACAGUGGUCGAUGAUAGUGUCAGCACUUUGAUGAGCAUACAGAUUGCAAUUAUACGUGAAGAACAUCAGACGCGUAUGCAUGUGAACGAGCAGAGUGUGAGCGUUGACCGUGGCACAUCGCUGCUGGACGAGUAUGCGAAUAAACCAUGGUCAAAUCCAGAGAAAGAGGUUUUGUCACCACAUCGUCCACCCGCACCACCAACCGAAUAUUUUCAAUUCAAUAUUGGCGGUUAUGAUCCAGCAAAUUUAUUGCGUACAAAUCCUGAUGCACCAGCUCUAGAAGGUUAUAUUGGUUGUGUACGUGGCCUAAAAAUUGGUUCGAAUCUUAUUGAUUUAGCUGACAUUAAUGAAAGGAAUAUUGCACCAACUAUUGAUGGUGUUUUACCCAAUUGUCAAAUCAAAUGUGAUGCUGAACCCUGUAAAAAUGGUGGUAUUUGUCGAGAGAAUUUCGCCAAUCAAGAAUCCACCUGCGACUGUGAACACACCAGUUUCUUGGGAGAGUUUUGUAUGGAAGAAAAGGGAGCCGACUUUAGUGGUGAAUCAACGCUGCAGCGUAAAUUCGAAUUAGCGGGAAAAGUCGAUUAUGUCCGCCUACAAUUGGCCUUCUCUUCGUUGGAUCUUAGGCGUGCCAAUCGUGUUAUGCUUUUACUGCAAACAGCAGCCGAUCGCAGUUAUUAUCUUAUGAUCGCCAUUAACGCAGAUGGCUAUCUGCUGUUCGAGGAAGAUCGUGAGGGUCCAGCUGUGGGUGCUCGCAUCGAUAGAAAUUUCUUGAAUAAUGCCCGCCACUCUAUUUACUAUCAGCGUAACUUCACUGAAGCAACACUUUAUAUUGACCGCGAACAAGUGCCAUUGGCGGCAAUUAGUGCUAGAGCUUUAACACCAUCCGCAGAAAUGAGUGCUAAUCGUGUGCAAAUCGGUGGCAUUAAUACAACAGAUUCACGGUUUGCUGUGUUUAAAAGUUAUAGCGGUUGUUUAUCAAACAUUUACAUUCAAGUGAAUCAUUACAUUAUGAAACCUUUAGAGGAGUACAUGUUCUUUACCAAAUCUGGAGCUGACAACAUCACCGUUAUUAAUCCUCAAGGCGUGCGUAGUGCCCAGUGUGUGGCUAAAUUUGAUAUAACAGAACAACCUUCACAAGAGCCCAUGGUUAAUGUUAGUUUGAGUGCCGAAAACUGGGUAGAAGAGCCACCGCAGCGUAUACCGUAUGCGGCCAAAUAUGUGUACGAUGAAUCAACAAAGGAAGACUCAACCCAAGUGGUUUUCAUAACUCUUACAUCUCUGUUUGUCAUCAUUGUUAUUUGCUGCCUACUCGAAGUCUAUCGUAGUCAUUUAGCAUACAAACGACGCAUUGAACGUGAAACAGAUGAAGAUAUCAUUUGGUCAAAGGAACAGGCCACCAAAAUGCAUGAGUCGCCGGGCGUAGCUGGGCAGCCGUAUGUUUACAAAGCGUUGCCCGUUGAUGAGAAGAAACCUGGCAAUGGUGCACCUUUGGUGGGCAUACUCAAGAAUGGCAAUAGUGCCAGCAAUGGCAGCAUCAAACGUAAUGGUGAAGUUCCAUUGGGACAAAUUGAUACACGCAUUGAGGAGGAAGAUGAAGAGGAACAGGAACAGGAACAGGAGAAUGUAGAGAAACCACAAGAAUCCACAGAAACCAAAGAUGUUCAAAAGCAAAAUAAUCUCGAAGUAACUAAACUAGAGCAAACCAAAGCCAAAGAUGAAGAAGACACAAAUAAAAAGCCCACCAAUAAUAUAGACACUGAUAAAACUGUCAGCUCAUCACCUGAUAAUGAUCUCCCCACCAAAGAAUCUGCUGACGUCACAGAUUCGCCAGCUAAUAAAUCUCAAGAUGUUAAUCCCUCCCCAGCAGCUGCUGUAACGGAUGUUAAAGAGAAUGGUUUAAAUACUUCCGCUACGUCUACGACAUUAGAUCAAUCAACGACUUUUCCUAACCUAACAAAACAUGCUAACCAAAUAACCCAAAACUCCUUUUACCAGCCCUUUAUAGCAAACAUUAUUGCAACGCCAGAUGAAUAUAAUGCAACAACUACUACAGCAGCAACAAACACAUCAACACCAACAACAACAACAAUAUUGCGUACAGCAAAACCAGCGCCACGCACCAAAAGAAGACCAUCAGUAACCUUUAAAUUGCCCACAGAAAAUGAUAGAGAACCAAACGAUAGGCCAACGGAUAUAUUAGAAACUAGUGCUCCAUUAUCAUUAACGAACCCAUCCCCAUGCACAUCUGUAUCUACAGCAGCUGCAACAGCGGCAACGGAAGAGUUGAAAAAACAUGACACCCAACCAGGUGAUAAUGUUAAUAUUGACAACAAAGGUGUGAUGGCAGCAGCAGCAACAGAAGCUGGUGCCUUGAUGACACAACCCGAAGACAUGAAUGCAAUUGUAAUGGAAAUCGAUGAUGUCGCUGUGGAACCUUUUGUGGCCAAACAAAGUGCUCAUGUGCCCGUGGCACCAGCAUUCAUUGAUGAGGCACAUCGACAAUUUUCAAAUCCAAUUAGUUAUUUAGGUGGACCCUUAUUAAAGCCACGCAAUAGAUACAGUAUUGAAUCAAUUUUAUCAUUGGAUUAAGUUUACAAUAUACAAAAGAAAAAACACACCAGCCAGCAACAACUAUUUUAACUACAUAUGGACUACAAAACAUAUCUACAUAUGCAUAUAUAUAUCUUUGAUUAAUAUUUUUGAAAAACUAAAAUUAAAUCGAACGAAAUAUUGAAAUAGCUAGUCUCAAAUUUAUUAUUUAGUCUUAAGUUACAAAAAAAAAUAUUUUGUUUUUAGAUUUUACUUAGCAGAAAUAAAUUUGUAAAAACAAAACUAUUAUACAA